AUGAAUAAGCAGCCAACUUCGCGACGAAAAGUUCGCGUGCUGGAUGGCUCUUUCAGCGCGGAGCUGACGAACGUCGUUAGCGAUUUCUUUGAUAAGGAAAGACUCAACUGGACCUUUGACGCUGUUCUCGACGAGCCGGAGGCGGUGGCGACGGUUCAUAAGAGGUUCAUCGAUGCCGGUGUUGACGAUAUUGAAUCGAAUACCUAUCACGCGUCUUUGCCCUGUCUUGCACAACAAGGUCUCAAUGGACCGGAUCUCAAAGCCGUCAAUAUUCUGAGAGAAACAAUUGCCAGUUGUUGUUCUGAAAGAGACCUGCGAAUGUGGGGUUCAAUUGGAUCGUAUGCUAUUUGUUUUCGUGGACAAGCAGCUGAAUAUACUGGAUUUUUUAUAGACACUUCUCAGAAAUCGGACAUUUUGAAGGAAAUGACCGUGUAUCAUGAAAAACAAAUUGAAGCCAUGAAAAAAGCUGGAGUAUUCAAUCUCCUUUUCGAAACAAUCAGCUCUUAUAAAGAGGCGGAGGCCAUAUGCGAUGCAUUGAAAACUCAUCAUGAUGUUAAGGUCGUCAUAUCCUUUACUUGUCGCAAAGACGGAAAGAGUCUUCGUCAUGGAGAAUCGUUCGAAAGUGCUGUAAGGCUCAUAGUAGAUAAUCCGAAGGUUUCCGGAUUUGGCAUUAACUGUACCCAUCCAAGUGCAGUUAGUUCGCUGCUUGAAUCUGUGCGCUCCAUUCAUCACGAUAAAGAGAUCUUUGUGUAUCCGAACAGUGGAAAACACGAGUCUGAAGAAGGCGAGGCUGCUCCAAUGGAUAUCAUCUUGAGUUCCAUGAAGAAAUGGGUCGAACUCGGCGCUACAACGAUCGGUGGAUGUUGUGGAAUUGACGCUGAAGGCAUUAGCUACAUUCGGCAAAAGGUCGACGAACUGAAUGCGACUAUUUAG